GGACACCAAAACCGCACUGUGCUAGACACCAAAACCGCCACUGUGCUGGACACCAAAGCCGCCACUGUGCUGGACACCAAAGCCGCCGCUGUGCUGGACACCAAAGCCGCCACUGUGCUGGAGUCAGAGGACAAAGAACCUCAGAUAACUCUAUCAGUGGGGCUUGGACGAGGGCUUGGGCGUGGACUUGGACGUGGGUCAGCGUUGUUCUCGCUACUCGGGCAAGACACACCACCACAAACUACCAGACCUGGCAGGAAAAACACACCCAGCCCAAAACAUGUGGCUGGGGAAUGGACGAGAACUGGGCGUGGGUCAAGGCUGCUUGGACCAGACUCAUUUACAAGUAUGUCAUGUUGGAAUUGCACUGAUUAAAUAUAUGUACUUGCACUGAUUUAAAUACGUGUGUAUAUAUAUACUUACUUGCACAACUGUUAAGUCUGUAUGUAUGUACGU